AGGAGAGCUUCAGUUGUCUGCUGACAGCUUUACAACAGCUAUCAUGCAACUUACACAUCUGGAAGCUGCAGUCACACUUGGGAUUUUUAUUUCUCAGAUAUCCGGCAUCAGCAUUUCAUCUCCACCUUCUGACUGUUUGGCUACUGAGGACACAUGCAUGUCAAAUCUAUGCACGUGGAGUAAAGAAGCAUUUUAUGGAGGCGUCUGUGAGGAUGAAGGGUGCCAAAUAAAAGGCUCACAGGUCUGUAACUUGACCAUCCACAAUGUACUGGACCAAUUUCCCUCUCUGCGCGGGUGUGUGUGUGCCUGGGAGGAGGAGCUUUGUGGCUCUAUACAAGUGCUGGCCACACAAUGCCACCAAAAGCCAGGGGCUCAGCAGAGGAGGAGCACGAUAAUGGACUGGCAGUCAAGCAGUUUGUUAGACUAUGUACACGAUAGUGCUGCAUCCUGCUGGGACCAAGUGAUGGUUUGUAUUGAUGAUGCAGUGUGCAACAGGUACCUAGCCCCUGUUCUCAAGGCAUGCAUGGAGCAGUGCGACCACAACCACUGUCAGCACGUGACCCAGCAGUUCUAUGGCAGCAUGCCGCACAAUGUUGCAGAGAUGCUGGUCAUGUGCGAGUGUGAGGCUUCAGAUCAGAUCUGUCAAUCUACCAAAACUGCCCUGCACAGCGGCACAUGCAGAGAAGAGACCUGGUUCUGCCAGGAUACAGUUAACCAGUGUGUUGAGGACAGUUCCUGCAGAGACUUAUUGGAAACUUUCCGAGCCAAGUGCUGGAGCCCUGAAGAAGCACAGUGCAGCAACAGUGACCUCCAAAAGGAUGAAUGCAUCACCCAGAUGGAUCCAGCUCUCAUGCUUGGUGCAGAUAAUGAAUGUAAAAUUGCCUUCCUAGCCACUCUGGGCACACCACUCCACUAUCCUUGUACAUGUGAGGGAAUGCACAGAGAUGAUCUUCUGACAUGCAACAGGAUUUAUGAUGUGCUUCAUAACAGAUCACGCUUCAAGACAUCUUGGAAAAGCAGCAGUGGUCCCUCGAAACCUCCUGAACUCAAUGAAUCUGAGAAAGGUUACACAUGGUCACACGAUUAUCUGCUGUAUGCUUUUGCAACUGUGCUGCUUGUCGGAGUUGUUAUAUUAAUGCCUGUGGCUGUUGUCAGUAAAAUAUGGAUGUUGAGAGGAAGAGACAAGACGAAAUAUUACCAACAGCAGAAAAGCAACGGUGUUGUUACUCUCUGAUUCUCUGAUGUUUAUUCAUCUGUUAAAUGUACAUUGCUGAAAGUAAUUAAUUUACAUUUUGUUGUUUUUGUUUUAGAUGUUGCAUAGAUAUUUGUUUUUCACAGUGUUGAUAAUAAUAUACAUGUUUAAAAAAGAAAUAACAUAUUUAUUUCAUACUUGUACCUUGGUCUUUGUAACAGAUUACAAUGUUGCUGCAAGAGUAACCAGUCUGAAUGCUAGUGCUUCAUUAAAGACAAUGUAUUUAGGGGUUGAUUAAAACCUUUAUUCUUACAGUUAUAAAUGUUUCACAUGUAAAAUGCUUUUUUGGCAAGAUAUAAUUUACAUCAGAUCUUUUCUUAAGAUGGAUGAUUAUACAUGAACUCAGGUUUUCUUCCUGAAUUACAAAAGAAACAGUCCUUUAGCUGUAAAUGAUCGAUCUUCAGAAUCUUCGAGUACUGUAUAUAAAGUUGAACUACACAUCUCCACUUCCUCCUACUGUACAAAAAUGAAGUCAAAAUAUCCUGGAUACAUGCACUCCCAUCUUGGGCUGGUCAUUUGGAGCCAGAGUCUGCGCUGUAGCACUUGGGAGGUGAAGCCAUGGUAUCCCAUCAUGGAUGCAUGAUUAGAUUUGGAUACUUUGAGCCUUUACUGUCUAAUGAGAAUCAUUCGCCUGGUGCAUUUGACAAAAUUUUCGAGCUUCCAGGUUUACUUCCAUGCAGUAGUAUUAAUAAAUAGUAGUGUAUUAGUAUUAUUAUUAUCAAAAAUUCAUAAUAGAAAUGGCCUUGACCUUGUUUGUAGUUCGAGGUGUCCUGUCAACAGUUUGGGAGACAUCUCACCUGCAAUUCCACGAGUGGCCACUAGAAAAAAUUGGAAGCAAGGCUUAGAGGCGGCAACAUAUUCAGUUCUCUUAUACAGUAUUGGUUCCCAACCACACACCUUUCUGACCCAGUGGCGAGCAGCACCAUUGAUUGCAAGGAUACCGACUGACACACACAGCUGGCGAUCAUGACAUCACACCCCCUUUUUAUAGUAUCAAAUAACUCAUUAAAACUAGAACAUAUCAGAGAAACACUUGAACAUAAAUCAGCCAGAUGGGAACUACUGAGAAUGACAGAAACCAUCUUUUUUUGACUACUUUGAGAUUUUAGUUUGGCUCCCAUCCAUUAGCAUGGAGGGCUGGGGGGGUUAUGACCUACUGUAACCAGCUGCCAGCGGGCGAUCAAGAUGUUUUGGCUUCACUUUUGGAGAGCUGUCAUGCCGUCCAUGUUGGCGCACAUUUGGCACAUUCGAGAUUCCUUUAUGUCAUUAGUUGACCUUUGUGAUGAUUCAUUGGUGCUCUAGGCUUUGACUGAGUGUAAUAAUAAAAUUAACUCUGAACA